CGCACGACGUGGGUCCCUCUCACAAAGCUUCAUAUAUUCGAUAUAAUAUAGAUAUAGAUAUUGCCCAGUCCUACGCAAAUCAUGGAUCCCUUCCAACGCCUCCCCGUCGAAAUCAUCAAGUCGAUCGUCCAUCAUAUCCCGGAUUUCGUCGGCGUAGAAAGUCUGCUAUUAGUAUCAGCCCGAGUAAAGGCUGUCUUUCAAUAUGACCCUUGCGCGGUUGACCUGGACGACCUUCUCGCAUCGACUUACCUUCUAGCGAUGCCCGACGUUCCAAGCACCUUCCGCCAUGUUGCCCUGAUCCACCGCCAAUCAGUCAGCGCCAGUAGUGACGAUGGGGACAUUGAGUCAGCAUCCGAGAACAGUCCCAUGGGCAGCGCAACUCUAUUACAUAUGAUCCACACCGCAGCGCAGAUCCAACGUCAAGCAUGCGCCUGCCUACUUACCAUGCGGCGCAAGUUCUGCACCUCAGUUGAAACCCACUUGGCUACAUCGAUAGUCAACGAGGACUUUGCGGGCCCCUUCUCAUUCAUCGAAGAAUGCCGAGCUUACUGGGCUCUAUGGCACCUGCGCCACUACUCCGAUCUGCAUAAACUCGCACGAGAACGCAUCAAUUCUCCCGACAACACCAAAAUAAUCCAAAAACUGAAAACAUACGCCAGCUGGAACGGCCCCACUGCCCUUCAUUACCGUGCUGAGGAGAUCUGGGCCAUCGCAGCGACUCUGUCCGAUUUGGGUCUAUAUGCAUCUCAGCAAAAGGAACCCUCCCAGGAUCGCUUGAGUCGCCCACCAAGGGUACCAUUGCCUCUGUUUACAUCAUUCCAAUUUCCUCCUCAGGCCGAGAAUCACCCGGUAUGGUGUCCGCCUCCAGUGCCGGAACAUACAACGGUCAAUGAGGCCUGGGAUCGGAUUGUGCGGCACCCGGAAGAUUCGUCUCGGGGGACGUUGUUUUACCACCAACUACUCAGUAUACUUCAGGUGUAUGGACUUGCCAGCCCUGCUAUACAGGAUAUGCCGCCAUUUCGACGUCUUGGGGUUUUCAUCUGGGAUUGCUGGCGGCUUUACUCGGCUGGCUUGAAGUUUAUCACCGAGAAUAUCCCGGCUCCGAAUGGGGGGGUUGUUCAAGCCAUGCAUAUUGAUCAAAAAAGAGUCUAUGAGAUGCAGGCGAAUUGGUUGGCAUUGAGGGGCUAGACCUGUGACUACUGCACUGGACACUUAGUAUCUAGAUGAGCCGCUUGGCAUGCCGCUAGUUCACGUUAUGAUCGAUCAAUACAGAGCAAUACCACUAUACUGACGGCUCGGCGCCUGUCUUUAGUAAGCGG